AUGCGAUGCGCGAGCAAGGCCGCCGAGAGCGCGUCCGCACGUCUCUGUGCGGACGCCGAAGCAGAAACCGCAGCAACUGAUGUCUCAUCGGUUGCUGAAGCGACCCAGCAUGUGUCACUUGGUGACGCAGGCGCUGGUCAUGAAGACACUCAUGUCUUCACAGAGUACGAGCUCGGUGUCUCGUACUCUCCUGAUACGGAUGACGGAUCCGUAUCGACGGCGAUUGAAUCUAAGCCGCCUGCCAAGCGUGGCAUGGAUGAUGCUUUGCGUCACAGCAUCUUUGGUUCAUCUGAUGAAUCAGAUGAACCAUCGCCGUAG